CCCUCCACCCUGCCCGGCCCGCCGGCCCCCGCCCCCGCGCCCGCCCGGCGCCCGCCCCCGCCCAGCAUCGCCGACCCACCCGGACCUCGGCGGGGAAAUGGAGGUCCUGGUGGCAGAGACUACGUCUCAGCAGGAGCGACUCCAGGCCAUUGCAGAGAAGCGCAAGCGGCAGGCCGAGGUCGAGACCAAGCGUCGGCAGCUGGAGGACGACCGUCGGCAGCUGCAGCACCUGAAGUCCAAGGCCUUGCGGGAACGCUGGCUGCUGGAGGGGACGCCGUCCUCGGCUUCGGAGGGUGAUGAGGACAUGCGGAGACAGAUGCAGGAGGAUGCGCAGAAGGCGCGGCUCCUGGAGGAGUCCAUCUCCAGGCUGCAGAAGGAGAUUGAGGUGCUGGAGGACACGGGCCCGCUCGCCGCCGCUGCUGCUGGGGAGAGACCCGCCGCUCCGAGCCCGGCCAAGGACCAGAAGGCAGAGGUGGUGCUGGAUUCUCAGCAGGCCCCGGUGGGCACGCCCAAAGAGAAACGAGUCUCCAACACCCCCAUGAGGACAGUCGAAGGCUCCACCAUGAUGAAGGCAGUGGUCCAUGCUGUGGACGGUACUGCAGAGAACGGGAUCCACCCGCUGAGCUCCUCCGAAGUGGAUGAGCUCAUCCACAAGGCCGACGAGGUCACGCUGAGCGAGGCAGGGUCCACGGCUGGGACAGCGGAGACGCGGGGGGCGUCCAAGGAGCCCGUGCAGACCACACCCUCCAGGCGGGAGAUCACGGGAGUGCAGGCACAGCCGGGAGAGGCCACGUCAGGCCCGCCAGGCAUCCAGCCGGGCCAGGAGCCCCCAGUCACCAUGAUCUUCAUGGGUUACCAGAGCGUGGAGGACGAGGCCGAGAGCCAGAAGGUGCUGGGUCUGCAGGACACCAUCACGGCGGAGCUGGUGGUCAUCGAGGAUGCGGCAGAGCCCAAGGAGCCCGCCCCGCCCAACGGCAGCGCGGCAGAGCCCCCCACCGCUGCGGGCUCCAGGGAAGAGAACCAGGUGGGGCCCGAGGCCCCCGCCAGCGACCCCCAGGACCUCGACACGAAGAAGCAGCGCUGUAAAUGCUGCUCCAUCAUGUGAGCCGCCCAGCCUCCCAGCCCCCAGCCCCCCCCUCCACACCACAGUCCCCCACCAGCCCGGCCCCGGCGCCUGCCCACCCUCCACCUGCAAUCACGGGCCCCAGGACAUGCGGUUGUCACAUGUUCCUUCCGAGUUUUCUUUCAUUGGAAAGAGAGGGACAGGGGUCCCCUACCCUGUCGCCACCCCCCCGACACCCCCAAACCACUGAGCCGUGCACCUACGCCUGGUAGGAGAGCGACAUGGACAGACCCACUUUCCCCAAAUGAAGGGCACCCCCCACGUCACGGCAGCUCCACAGAAGCGGCUCUCAGCCACAGUGGUCCUGGCUGGGGUGACCGGGGGGCCUCGACGUAGCCCCGGGCCGGCCAGCCAACCCUCUGGGCCUCCUGCCUGUGCCUUCCUGCCACCUCCACUGAGGUCCCUGAGGGGACAUCCUGCCGGAGAGGGACCUGGAGAGCCGCGGGUUCCUGGGAGCCUGCUCUGUCCCCCGCUUAGCCCCUGGAAGUGGGGCUUCCCGGCCAAAGCUCUGGCGUCCAUAGCUUGGACAGUUGGGGUGAGGCCAUGCCUCUCUGGGGAGUCUCGGUCAGAGGUCAGGUUCAAGGUCUUGGAAAGGAGCAAGACCCCUCUAGGCACCCCCAGCCUGACGUGUCCCUCCCUCCAUGCCUUCUCUGGGCGUGGCCAGUGGAUGAUGGAGCCUGGGAAGGGAGAGCCCCCCGGGACACGCCCCCCCCACUCGGGAGGGGUCCGUGACCCCUGCACUGUGUCCUGCAGGUCGGGCCCUUAGAGCUGCCCCUUGCACAAGGCAGGGCCCCACGAGCCACUUCUUGUCCUGAGCUCCGACUCCCACUGGGCCCUCCUUCCUCCUGGUGCUAAUUUGGGGACCCUGGGGGGCUGCCCAGGACCUGCUUGGACCAGGGUGCUGGGUCCCUCCAGCCGUACCCCAGAGAUCAGGCCACUGUCAGCUCCACUGGGCUGGGCACAUUUCAGGCAGCGGCGGGGCGCACGCAGCCCGGGGCAGGGGGCUUCCUCAGCAGGAGACCCCGUUCGCUGCCCCGCCCGACGUGAGCCUGUCCCCCUCUCGCCUCGCCGGGAGGGGUGAGGGGUGAGGGGUUCCCCUCCUGGGGGCAGCCGACACCUGGAUGCGCACACACAUCUCCCUGGAUGCAGCCACACUCGCCCCCAGAGGCACAUUUGUGCACAUGCUCACAGACCCGCACCUGUGGGCUGUGGUUGGUGAGGCCCCAUCUCGGCCCCUCCCCGAGGGCCUCCCGCCUGGUGCCAAGGGCAGGUGCAGGGCCCACCUCUGGCCGCAGCCUGGACCCCGACUCAGCUCUGCCCCUCGGUGGCAGGGGGAGAGGCCGUCUGAGGUGACCCUGGGCAGUGGCCGUGGGACCCCCUCUUCCUUCUCGAGUCCUCGAGCUGUGAGCCUCCGCUGAAGUGCUCUUGCCGCCCCUCCGCUUUUGAUGUGUGUGACAAGGCCCUGACGUUCUCGACUUUCCCAGAGAAGCAAAUAAACCGUGUGAACAGCC